UUUUUAUUUUUGGGUUGAUCUAGAAAACUUGUUUUGGAGUUGUUCGUAUCUAGCACUAUUGUUCUCACUCAGUUCCAUGGCAUUUUGAGAUACCCAGUGUUAUUCUCCUGCUCUCCUUGCAAGUAGACUUCUUGUUAUAAUGCCUAGGUUUUAUAUUUGUAGGAAAAAAGUCAGAAAUCUGUUACAGAUUUCUUUUUUCAGUUUGAAAUCUUUCAUUUUAAAGAUUCCAUUUUAAAUUGUUUUCCCAUGCCCAAUGGGAACAUGAUUUCUGUUUAUGGUUCGUCUUUAAUUAUUACUUUUAGAAACUGGCUUUAUCCUUAAAUUUGUGAUUUUUAUUUCCUGGUGAAGAUGAAGGAGAAAAACAAAACCUGCCCAGAGGUGACAAGUACCUGCAUUUUAGUAUAUGUCUUUUCAAAGACAGGUCUGUCUAGUAACGGCAGGUCAUAUAGGUGGGUCUUUCUAAUCUCAGUGUUCUACUAGCUUGUAGCAGGAAGUCCGAUCUUUUCCUGACAUGACCCUCUGUAACAAUUUUCAGUAGAAGUCCCUGACUGUGAGGGGCUUCUUGCAUAUUUGCAUUCGUGCUAUAGCCCUAUCAUUCCUGUAGCUGUGGGGUCUGCUGCCCUGCCGUCCAUCUGCACCACUGCCCGUUGCUCUGCUGCUGCUGACCGGCUCUGCCCACGCUGAUGUCUUCUGAAUUGCUGGCCUUCACACAGAGUCCUUUGGAGAAAAAUGUGCUGCUUGAAUCAACCCCAGCUGUUCUUCUAUGCAAAGAACUCUUACGGAUACUAGCCCAAAAAAAAGCAAAUUAAACUGAAAGCUCUUCUGCAGCUCCCAAAAACAAAGACAUGGAGUUUUGAGGAGUGAAGGGAGCAUGGUGUCGGCCAUGGGUGAUCAAGACACAGCCGGACAAUGUGGAUCAAUUUCUUUAAUCUGCGGCUUUUCUGCUGUUUGCUUGCAGUAUUGAUGGUGGUGGUGCUGGUCAUCAAUGUUACUCAGGUAGAGUACUUGGACCAUGAGACUGCUUCAGCCACGUUCAUCGACAGUAGUGGACACUUUGUUUCCUCCCAGGUGACAGGAGUUAGCCGGAAUCCGUACUGCGGCUAUGAGCACCAGACUCUGUCCAGCCAGGAGCGCCUGGAGGAGGACUCCUUGCUGGCUGCCUUCCAGUGGCAGGUGCCUGACGUGGGCCCAGUCCCCUUUUUGAAGAGCACUGACCCUUCUUCCAGCUACUUCGUCAUCUUGAACUCUGCAGCCCUCUUCAAGGUGGGAAGCCAGCUAGAGGUUCUGGUUCAUGUACAGGAUUUUCAAAGAAAGCCCAAGAAGUAUGGUGGAGACUACCUGCAGGCCAGAAUCCACUCUCCUAAGCUGCAGGCGGGGGCCGUGGGCAGAGUGGUAGACUACCAGAAUGGGUUUUACAAGGUCUUUUUCACUCUGCUCUGGCCAGGCAAAGUUAAAGUGGCCAUAUCUCUGGUCCACCCCAGCGAAGGGAUCAGAGUUCUUCAGCACCUACAGGAAGGGAAACCAGAUAGGGUGUAUUUCAAGAGUCUCUUCCGUUCAGGGAGAAUUUCUGAGACUACUGAGUGCAACGUGUGUCUUCCUGGGGGUCUUCCCCUGUGCAACUUUACAGAUCUCUACACUGGGGAGCCCUGGUUCUGCUUCAAACCAAAGAAGCUCCCAUGCAGUAGCAGAAUUAACCAUUUCAAAGGCGGAUACCUGAAGGGCCUUCUAACGGCUGCAGAAACUGCUUUCUUCCAGAGUGGUGUCAAUAUCAAAAUGCCAAUCAACUCCAGUGGGCCUGACUGGGUGACUGUGAUUCCCAGGAGUAUAAAAGAAGCCAACAACCUGGAACUAUUUCAAGGCUCGGGAACUUUUCCUUCUGGUUACUAUUACAAAGAUCAGUGGAGGCCCAGAAAGUUUAAGAUGCGCCAGUUUAAUGACCCUGACAACAUUACAGAAUGCUUACAGAGAAAAGUGGUGUAUUUAUUUGGUGACUCGACCAUCAGGCAGUGGUUUGAAUACCUCACUACGUUUGUUCCAGAUUUAGUGGAGUUUAACUUGGGUAGUCCCAAGAAUGUGGGUCCCUUCCUUGCGGUGGACCAGAAGCACAACAUCCUGCUCAAAUACCGCUGCCACGGCCCACCGAUCCGCUUCACGACCGUCUUUAGCAAUGACCUCCGAUAUGUGGCAAAUGAGCUGAAUGGCAUUGUGGGAGGGAAGAACACAGUGGUUGCCAUAGCUGUGUGGUCUCAUUUCAGCACCUUCCCCUUGGAAGUGUAUAUCCGGCGGCUCAGGAACAUCCGUCGAGCUGUGGUCCAGCUCCUGGAUCGAAGCCCUAAGACCGUGGUCGUCAUACGGACAGCCAAUGCCCAGGAGCUGGGACCUGAAGUGAGCCUCUUCAACAGCGACUGGUAUAACUUCCAGCUGGACACCGUCCUUCGGAAGAUGUUCUCAGGGGUUGGAGUGUAUCUCGUCGAUGCCUGGGAGAUGACCUUGGCCCAUUAUCUACCCCACAAGCUACAUCCAGAUGAAGUUAUUGUGAAGAACCAACUGGAUAUGUUCUUAUCCUUUGUGUGCCCCCUGGAGACCUAGCCUGCCCUGGAGGGGACUGGAGGAAUCACAUUCAGUGACCUUCUUUAUAACCUGCACUACAGAAAGUUUAUGGGUGAACAAAAUUUAAAAAAGAGCUGGACUUUAUAUAAUGACUUGUAAGGAGCUUAGAAAAUGCAGAUUACAUUCGUAUUUACCUACCUAUAGUAUUUUUUCCAAUCUUGACAUAGCCAUUGGAGAACCAUUAUUAACAGCAUCUACACAGUAUAUUGCUCUUUUAACCAAAGAUGCUAAUAAGUGUGCUUGAACUCGCUUUCUCCUGGGAGGAGAUACUACUGUGCUAAAAAGUGUGGAAAAUGUUCCGACCUAAUUGGAAGGGAAAAGUUUGGUUGGCAGAGGAGUGUUCGUGGCCUAUCUGGUAAAAGAAACGGAGCACAUCUUCAUGAACAGCACGAUCGGUCCAUCUUCAGCGGGGUGAACGAACGGGGCUUAGAGUCAGUGGCUCCUGUGACACACUGAAGACUGCUGUGUCUCAGUGGUUUCUCUUGACGGUCCACUUUUUUUCUGAAUUACUUGAAAAGGCCAGUGCUCUUGGUCAGAACUUUCUAAUGAGAGUAUUUACAAUGUCCUGCUUUUAUCUAGAGAAGAAGCAGAAGGGAAAUACGAAAGCAGUAUAUAUAAAAUCUGUGCAUAGAGCUGAUGUUUGCAUUGGGUGAUUGUUACUUACUUGAUUCAGCUGAAUUUUACAUCAUGUAUACUUAUUCUAAAAUAAUACUUUUGGAACUGGAAAGGGGAAGUGUAUAAAAGGAAAUUUAUUUUUGUUUUCUGAAGUUUGAGGGUUUUGAGAAUUGACUUUUGUGCAAAGAAUGCUAUUAUUUGUUAUAAAGUUGUGGAAAUUAUUUCCA